AUGACACGCACGCAACUAGUCCCCCAAGACCCGCACAACGCACGCAAGGCGUUCCGCGCCCAAGCCCGCGCUCAAGGGCUCACCUACCCGCAGGCCGUUGCCGCCGCGAAAGAGCAGCUCCACGCUGACGGCGCGCGGCCCGAGUUUCUGCGGAGCGACGCUGCCCGGCGGCGGCUCGCCGUUGCCCAGCGCGUCCAUGCAGCACAGGAGCUGGGCAGCCGUGACGCCCGUGACGAGUGGCAGCGAGAGACGGACGACAUCGACGACGAUGACUUCGAGCCGGCGCACCGGACGACGGCCCGGGUGGAGGUGAACUUGCUCGACAUCGCGCGGCCCGCGAAGGUCCGCCGUCGGCGCCAAGGACCACUAAGCAAGAAGUCCGCAUCGCACCACGUUCCAGCGGACGACGACUGGGAGCGAUGGACGGAGGCGUCGUUCGCAGAGACCGAGGCAUGGGAGCUGGACUCUGUCCUCUCCCACAGCGCCCACGAGGAAUGGCAGAUUCCCGUCCGGGACUACACCGAAGCCGAGUGGGAUGCACUUGUCGAGAGGGCUUCGGUUACCUCUGGCCCAAGGUGA